ACCGUACACGCUUUCAGUUCCGUCAUGUGACGGAGGUAAAAAAUGUCAACAUCACUCUGCGCUGUAUUGCCACAAUUACAAAUGAGCGCCGUAACGUGGCGUUUCUUUGUGCGCAAAAAUUAAUAUGCUCUAUAAGUAUAAGUAACACCUUGAUGUUAGCAACCCGGCUGUGGGCUGUCAUUGCACAGGACUCUUUGCUUGAAUUCUUACAGGAUGGCUGCACCUCAGACGGGCCACUCUCCUCUCGUACAUAGCUUGGCCACACUUCUCCGAAAUAACGGUGAUGUGGUGCUGGAUGGCAGCAGCACGCUGACCCUACCGGCCGCCACCUUGCAGCAGCUCACAAGGCUGUUUGAGCAGUACUUGCUAUCCCGGAGCCAGCAACACGGGUUCCUCGCGCUGCCCUCCCACCCAGCUGACACGGCUUCCCUGCUACAGCUGCAGUUCCUGUUUGACAUCCUGCAGAAGACCGUCUCCCUCAAGCUCAUCAACCCACCGGGUGUGAGGCUCGAGUCUGUGUUAAAAAUUUUCCCUUUCAAGUCUCUGAAGUGUUUGGAGCUGAAGAGAAUCCCCCCUCACUGUCUCGAGGGACUCAGAGGAGUUUACUCCCAGUUGGAGGUUUUUACCUGCUCAAAGAGCCUCAGUUCCUUGGAGGAGCUGCUCUCUCUGUGUGGAGGUGAUCUGAGCUCAGCGCUACCAUGGCUUGAACUUCACACCCUGAACUUCAGCUACAACUCCAUAGUUUGCCUUGACCAGUCGCUGAGUUUACUGAAUGUCCUGAAAUCUUUGGAUCUAAGCCAUAACAAGAUUCAGGAGUGUGCUGAAUUCCUAAAGGCUCUGACUGAGCUGGAACACUUGAACCUGGGCUACAACUGCCUGCAGAGGGCGCCAACACUCGGUCUGAGUGCUAGGGCCAAGCUGGUCACACUCAUCCUCAGGAACAACGAACUGGAAACCAUCAACGGCGUGGAACAGUUGUCUUCUCUCCAGCAUUUAGACCUGGCCUACAACAUCCUCCUGGAGCAUUCCCAGCUGGCUCCUCUCUCCCUGCUGCACUGCCUCAACACAUUGAAUCUGGAGGGAAACCCACUGUACUUCCAGAAGACCCACCGCACCUCCACGGUCAGACACCUCUCGCCAAAAGCUGCCAACACCAGACUCAAACUUGAUGGCACCCCACUGUCCUCAUCUGAAGUAUCAGUUCUGCCAAAACCAGGGCAGCUGAUGGUCCAGGUGCAGACUUUGCCUUCAGGUUACUCCAUGCCUGCAGAACGCAGUAACCAGGAAGCAUCUAGUGGGCCGGGGGAGCUGAGUGACAGCCUGUCUGUCGGAGAAGCGGUUGUCUCAAACCUUCGCAGAAGGAAAAAUAGGAGUAAGGUGAAAGUGCGGAGGGCCAGCAUAUCCGAGCCCAGUGAUACUGAUUAUGAGUCCAGACCCUUGUCCUCCAAACAGGGCAUUGUCCUUCAGCACCAGCAGGAGAUUGAACGCAUGUCCAGCUUCAGGGAACAACUCGGAGAAGACUGGCUAAGAUAUGAACACCAUCUAGAUGGAGCUUCACCCUUAACGCUCACCACCACUGUUAACCAGCAAACCUUCUGCUCUCAAACCCUCUCCAACGGCCUCACCACCACCACCACCAUCACCACUACCACUAUCACUGCAUCUAUCCCACAGCAGCAGCCGUCGCCACCGUCUUCCCAUAAAGUCCCGGAAGUCCUCCCACCACCUAUUCUUUCCUCCGAACCCAGAAAUGAGGCCUCUGACGUGGAUGCAGACCUCGAAAUGGAGUCCACCUUGGAAGGUGGUCAGACCCCUCAGCUGACAGAGUCCACCUUGGAUAACAGCAUGGUAGAUGGGCUGGUGAUGAGCCAGGGAGUAGUGAGUUCACCUCAGCCAAGUCCAGAGAGCCACAGGUCUGCUAGAGCAGCGAGUGGGGAGACCAAUCAUGAAGAAGAAGAGGAUUUAGGAGUGGACCUUUGUCACCCUCUGCUUGUUGGUGUCUUAUCUCACAAAGAGGAGGGGCUUGGUGAAGGUCAGGGGCAGAGGAAGGGAAGAAGGGAGGUGUUCUUGUGCAUCAAAAAGGGCUUAGUGCUUGAGAUGGACAUGCAAUGUGGCCAGGAGAGAUGUCGUCUGGAGCUGGAUAGCCUGGCUAAGGUGGAAACAACUGAGGCUGCAUGGACCCGAGGGGAUGUAGAAAAGCAGUUUCCAGCUGUAGAACUUUACUUUGACUAUAUCAGCAAGGACAAACGGAGGAGACGCUACGUCCUGUUAGAUGAUGACCCUCAGCAAGCACUGCAGGCUCUGACUGACAUACUGUCUAAUGUGGUGGAGGAAAACCAACGCCGGGUUUCUGAGCUCUGUCACAGCUGCAUUCGCCUGCAGUGCCUUCGCUGCAGGUCAGAAUUCACUCUUCAGGGAGAGGCCGAUGAAGAGGAAGCCGGUGGACGAACAACGAGGAGGAGAGGAGCUAUGAUGCUAUCAGAAGGUGUGCAGGAACAGGAUGGGGAGGAGCUGAUAGAGGCACAGUGGGCCAGCAAAGGAAAAAGUCAGAUUUGUCCAGAAUGUGGUAGUGAUCAUGUUGUCCAAGUGGCUGUUCAAGCAUCUCCCUAUAGCAGUACACCCAUCCAGCGUUCAUUCAGGGCCGACAGUGACGAUGACCAUCAAGACAUGACUGAGAGCAUGCAAAGUGCUAAUAAGGAUGAUUACACAGAUGCUAGUAACAGCAGCAGUCCCAUCCCAGAAGCUGUUAAUGCAUCAGAAGAGUCCAUGUUUGUCACUGCCCAAGGAAGCUCUUUCUUCAUUGGAGAUAGUCCAAGUCAGACCAGUCGCCUUUCCUGCAACUCAGUGUGCCAAAGUAGAGAGGACCUAGCAGGCAGCUACCACUACACCGCUACUGGUGCUACACCACCUCAAGUGCAAGCACAGCCUGCAGAAAGGUCCACCCCUAAUGAUGAUUUGGAUCUUCUGUCUGAGGAUUACGAGGUGGUGGACCAUCGGCUCAAGCUUUUCCUGGAUGUAGAAGUCUUUGAGGAAGACGAAGAACUUCAUUCUUUCCUUAAGAUGUCAGCUGUCAAAUUUGGAGAACCUGGGGAGGUUCCCUCGCUGCUGGUUGUCUCAAAUCAACAUAUUUAUUUUCUGGAAAUGACAUCAGAUUUGCACAGAGGCCAGCUCACCAAUUGGCUGCAGAAAAGGGACAGCUACCCAAUCAUGGAGCUGAGCUACCUGGAGGUGGGGCUGGGCUCUCAGAGCAUCCACAUGGAGUUUGAAGACGUGGGCGUGGCCUACACGCUACUCGUGAGGGACAGCGUGCGGUGCAAACGCUUCUUUGGCCGUUUAACAGGAAUUGUGCGUGAGAUGGCUCACAAAUCAGAGAGCAAGCUGAAGUCGAUCUCCACUACAAGGCUCACCCCUGAGCACCAUCUCUGGCCUUUAGUGUGCGAAGACAUCCAGGCAGAUGUGGAGGACGGACAGCUGCAGUUCUUCUAUGUUCUGGCUUUUGUCCUACAAGAGGAUAUCUGGAUGCCGUUGACGGUUCUGGCGACUAGAGAAACCCUCUAUCUGCUCAGAGAGGAUCACCAGUGGAGGAAAAACAGCCCGUCGGCGAAUGAAAACAAAGAGCCGUGCAGCGGGAGCGUCACUGUGUUAGAAACUCUGCCAAUCAGCUGUGUGAGCUCAGUUCUCCUGUGGCCCGUGGACCAGUGCAGGAUGGAUAUAAAGCUUUACGAUGAGACUGUGAAACAGGAGAGGACGUGGUGUGUGCGCUCAGAGAGUGGCGAGCUCCUCCAGGGUCUACUGGCCUGGGUCAGAACACAGUGGGAGGCCAUGUUCGGAGUAAAACUGCACACAAGUCUGCAAGACAAAGCGGCGUAAUUGGGGUGGGGGGUGGGGGGGUGCAAAGAAAGAAAAGUUAUAGACUCUGUGUGUGUGUUUUGUAAAGUUGUAUGGUGCCGGGUAAAGUUUGGUGAGCAUGAGCGAGUGUGUCUUUGUUUUCUCUCUACGCAGUCUGCACUCAGUCUGGUCCCAUUAUGCUUGUUGCUUUAAGCCAAGAACUUGGAAAUGAUUGCACUCAUUCAUGUGGCACACAAGCCUGUAAAAGCACUGGUUGCAUAAUUUUUCCUCCAGAUACCAUCCCACUGAACUUUUCUACAGCUGGAAUGGAGUGUGCCUUGUUUCUUUUGUUGAUGCUGUGUUGUCCUAAUGAAAUGCACCUUAAUGCAUCACAUGCUGUUCUUUGAUCGUCUGUAGCAUCAAGCUAAUAUGGAGCAGAUUUGGGGGGGAAGGUUUGGAGUUACAAGCAUUAAGUCAAGGGAGGGAAACAAAUGUUCUGUCUUAGGAUUUGUAGGGAAGUAAUGCAAGGAGCUGAGCCUAGAAUAUGUCAACCCCCUUUGUCCGUUUUUUUUUUUUUUUUUUUUUUCCCUCAUCGUCUUAGGGUGCUUUGCAUCACGCGGUCAACACGAGGCUGGGGGAGCCUCUGAAAGGCCAAGGUUCAAGACAUUGUCGUCAAAGAAUUUGCACGCAGUUUUCACCCAAUUAAGGUCUUGUGAUGUUUCAGACAUUCGGUGAACAGUAGCACUUCUCGUGUUUAAACAUUUUGAAAAAGAUGUUUAUUUUAAUUUGUAAUUCGGGUUUGGUUGAUUGGUUUAUUUUCAGAGCAUUUAUCAAGGGCGGGGAGAAAGAUCUGUUUUGACAUCAGGCACUGUCAUUAUUCAGUAAAUGUGAUGGAUAAACAUUAUCUCAACUGAAUCCUUGUUUAUUUAGUUUGUACGUCGGUUAAAGCUGUAAGACAGAACGUCUACAGCUGUGUUCAUAUGUAACCACUGUAAUGGGAAACUGUACAUAUCAGUUACAGCAAAGGUCAGCAGUUAAUUUAGGUCUACUAAUGUAAUUUAUUUCUUUCUGUGCUUUUUUUUCAUAACGGGUUUAUGCAGAAGACUGUGUUUUAUUUUUAUAUCAAUGUGAUGCCAAUGAUGCAUAUAAUUGACUAAAGAAAGUGAUGUGUUUGGAA